AUGUCGGGCUUUGGCGACUUCACGCACCUAUGCCACACGGCGCCCCUGCCGUUGUGCGCAUCAGUUGGGCCAGUCAAUGCGAUCAACCAGAGAGUCGGGAUUGAGCCCGACUGUUACGCUCGCAGCAUCGAGCUGGCAAACACCAUCAUCUUCCAGGGAGCCACCAGCGCCAUGCACAUUGUGGCGUUGUGUAUGACGGUCGUCAUGGUGCUGCAUGUCCGAGGGAAAUUCACCGCUGUUGGCCGGAAGGAGAUCUUGAACUUCUUCUACCUCUACAUGAUCCUGACGUUUCUGUCCCUUUGCGUCGACGCCGGUGUCAUCCCUCCUGGAUCGGCCCCUUACCCAUACUUUGUCGCGAUCCAGAACGGACUCUCGUCGACUCUGAUAACGUGCCUGCUCAUCAACGGAUUCGUCGGUUUCCAGCUGUACGAGGAUGGUACGCCGCUGUCGCUGUGGAUGAUGCGCCUCUGCUCGCUCGCUGCUUUCACAAUCACCUUCCUCGUCUCACUCGCGACAUUCAAGUCAUGGGCUGGCCUGAGCCCCACCAACACCAUCGGUCUGUUCGUCGUCCUGUAUCUGCUCAACGCCGUCCAGCUGUUCGUCUACGUGGUCCUGCAGAUCAUGCUUGUGGUCAGGACGCUGCAAGACCGCUGGCCCCUCGGCGACAUCGCCUUUGGCGUCUUCUUUGUCGUCAUUGGUCAGGUGAUUCUGUAUGCCUUCAGCUCGUCGCUUUGCGAAGUAGUCAGCCACUAUAUGGAUGGGCUAUUCUUUGCAACGACGUGCAAUCUGCUUGGUGUUAUGAUGGUCUACAAGUAUUGGGAUUCUAUUACCAAGGAAGACCUGGAGUUCUCGGUUGGAACUAGAAUGAACAACUGGGAGGUGAAGGAACUGCUUCCUGAGGAGGAGCGGAGAGGCACCAUCUACAACGAUGACCCAUAUGCCCAAUCCAGCGGCUACGACCACCCCUACUCCAACUCGCCGGGUCGCUCUUACCCCAAGUACUAA